GACGUCACUUUCCCGCAAAUGCUGUUCCUUUCUUUUCUUUUCCUCUUUCAUCUCUGUAUCGAAUCCUUCGUGUCUCUCGAUUUCUCGACAUUAAAGUUUCACUCUCCCAUACGAAUCAUCGCGUAACCUUUGUACCAACAAAAUGAUGUCAGCUCGGUCCAUGAUGGCCCUGCGCACUGCGCACACCAGCAAGAUCAUCCUCGGACGAGGUUUUUUUACUACAUCAACACGUCUCGGUCUCAAGGAGUCAUCUACCCAAACCGACGUCGACUACGACAAGCACAAGCAAGACUCCCUCAGGAAGCAGAAAGAGGGCAGCGGCCACUGGAAGCCUGAGCUCGCCUCAGACAGCGAGGAGGCCGUCAAGGCAGACCGAUCGGACAUUGAUCCUGCCAAGGAUAUUAAGAACCUCCAAGAGCGAACCAAGAAGGCUGCUGAGGAGACUCACAAGGCCGGUACCAGCACACGGGAUAACAUGUAAAGAACUGUUAUGA